CAUUUCAAAUCCACUUUCACUUCCUUUCCUCUUAUUUCAUUUUUAUUUUUUCACUGCAGAAUCGAAGAACAACUCAAAUGGCCUCUUGGCUAUCUCCAUUUGCUCUUGUUCUUUGCCUUCUAUCAUCCAUGGCUUCCUUUUCUGAUUCAAAAGCCUUCUCCUUCGAUGACAACUUCGUUAUAACUGGAGCAAAAGACAACUUCAAAACCUCUCCUGAUGGUCAAGUAUGGUACCUCUAUCUUGAUCAACGAAAAGGGUGUGGAUUUCAAACAAAGCAGAGGUACAGAUUCGGUUGGUUCAGUAUGAAGCUGAAGCUGGUUGGUGGAGAUUCAGCUGGAGUAGUGACUGCUUAUUAUAUGUGUUCAGAUUUGGAUGCUGGGUUGUAGAGAGAUGAGCUUGAUUUUGAGUUUCUUGGCAAUAGAAGUGGGGAGCCAUACACAGUUCAGACCAAUCUGUAUGUGGGAGGAGUGGGGGGAAGGGAGAUGAGGCAUAUGCUUUGGUUUGAUCCUACUGCUGAUUUCCACACUUACUCAAUUCUUUGGAACUAUCAUCAUAUUGUCUUCUUCGUGGACAGAGUGGCCAUAAGAGUGUACAAAAACAACGGUAAACUGAACAGCUUCUUCCCAAAUGAGAAGCCAAUGUACAUAUUCUCAAGCAUAUGGAACGCCGACGACUGGGCUACCAGAGGAGGCCUUGAGAAGACAAACUGGAAGAACUCACCCUUCGUUUCAACUUACAAAGACUUCAGCGUCGAUGCCUGCCAGUGGGAGGACCCUUACCCUGCUUGCGUAUCAACGACGACCGAGCAUUGGUGGGAUCAGUAUGCGGCUUGGAGCCUUGAUGAUAAUCAGCUUGAGGACUUCACCUGGGUGGGAAGAAACCUUGUUAUUUAUGAUUACUGCAGGGAUGCUGAAAGAUACCCAAAGUUGCCUGAAGAAUGUAAUCUAUAG